GUAGUGCAAUGUUUUUUUUGUGUGCAGCUGGACAGAAAUAAAGACAGCAAUCCCGACUAGAAACGCUUUGUCAUGUUUCACAAUCAACUCGCGCGCGUGUGUGGCAGCGGUCAUUAGUCAGCAGGACUCCCAUAGCUCGUCACAUUUUGUUCUCUCCGGCUCGUUUGCAGAUUGACCGGAUGCAGUUGUUUUGAAAUUAUCACCUCGCUGCUCGCGCUCAGACUCUCACUCGGUUCUCGUCUCUUCGGGCUCGUGUCUCUGCUUACCUAAUCAUUAGUUUUUUGUGUGAAAAUGGCUUUCAAUAAAACCUACAUCAGUAUCGGCUAUGCCUCGUUUGGUUUGCUCAUGGGCUUUUCUGCCUUUCUGGUGUGGAACAUCGCGUUCAGACAGCCGUGGACUGCAGCAAUGGGAGGACUGUCAGGUGUGCUGGCGCUUUGGACCCUGAUCACUCACAUCAUGUACCUGCAGGACUACUGGAGGACCUGGCUGAAAGGCCUCAAGUUCUUCUUCUUUAUGGGGGUCGUCUUCUCUCUGUUAGCAGUCGUGGCCUUCAUCGCCUUCCUGUCUGUUGCCAUCCACAAAAAGGAGUCGCUGACUGACCCUCGGAGUCUCUACCUGUCGUGUGUGUGGAGCUUCAUGAGCCUCAAGUGGUCCUUCCUGCUCACCUUGUCCGCUCACCGCUACCGCAAAGAGUUCGCCGACAUCAGCAUCCUCAGUGACUUCUAAGGGCACUCGAACAUCCCGCAGUGACUACACAGACUUUGGAGUACACUCGCUGUGCUGCCUUCUCAGCCUGAGAGUCCAAAGGUAAUGGAGGACAUUUGAAGAGGAACCAGAGGAGAGGCUGAAAUACUUUGUGUUGUGGAUAAACACCCUGAUCCUGGUUGCUCCCUGGCCUUCUUGGCCCAAAACCUCCUCCUUCUCCUCCUUUUUUUAUUAUGUGUGCAGGGUUUGUUGCUGACUUGGCCACUUUACACACAAAUCCGGCCCUAUUUUAUAUGAUCCCUGAUAGAUUUUACAUUCUCACUUCCUCAGCACCCUGCUUAGUCAUGCAUCUGCACAACUUCUUCAUGACGAAGUGAAUCCAAAAUAUGGUAACGUUUUUCAUGAUUUAGUGAAGGGAAUGGCUGUUCUACACACACACUCCUCAGUGGUAAUUAUCAGCUGCAGUUUCAUGCUGCAGCCACUAGAGAACGCCAUCCUUCCAGCAGUUAAACGCCAUGUACAAUAUGUGUGCUUCACAUCCCGACUUACAUCCUCUAUUUAAUUUUUUCUGCUUCAGUGAAUGAUGAAGAAUUGCACAUACAGAAAGUCUGCACAUCACGAUGCAUCAACCGUGUGGUGAACACAUGAUGUACAUCCAAGCACCGCCUGAACACAGUGUCAGGGUCUUGCAGAGGGCAGGUCACCCAAAAUCCUGCAGCUGAACGCUUUCAUGUAAUAAGCACCACAUGUCCUGGUUUUGAUGUAUUUGUGGACCAUGAAGGGGCAUUUUUAAUGUAAAGAAUUAUUUUUUUGUAUAAUUUUUUAUCAACGUGACAAACGAAAGUAAGCAUAAGUGUGAACACGGGCCUCAGUUACGGCUUUAAUUCAUGACUCAGUAGUGACACCACUAAUGUGCAUGCAUGGUGCUUAUAUUGUCCCCAUUUGAACCAUUUAUCACAUUUAUAUUGUUGCUUAAUGAGAUUAUUUUGCUGUAUUUCCUUCAUCUCUACAUUAUUACAAUGUGCAUUGUGUAUCCACAUGUAUCACUUGUCUGAAUGCAGGAGUGUGUGUUUGUAUAAGAGCGUGUCAGAGUCAUGUUAAUAAAAUAUGUUUUUUGACAUA